AUGAGCCGCAGCCCGCCGCAGAUGCCCGUCAGCAGCAGCGACAGCGGCACGGGGCAGCUGGACGUCGCGCCGCGGCCGCCGCAGUCUGGCAAGGUCGGUGUGCUGCUGCUCAACCUCGGAGGCCCUGAGAAGCUCGAGGACGUCCAGCCGUUCCUAUACAACCUCUUCGCCGACCCCGACAUCAUCCGCCUGCCCAGCGCCGUCCGCUUCCUGCAGCCCGUCCUCGCCUCGGUCAUCGCCAGCCUGCGCGCCCCCAAGAGCGCAGAGGGCUACGAGGCGAUCGGCGGCGGCAGCCCGCUGAGGAAGAUUACUGACGACCAGGCGGUCGCGAUUCGCAAGGCGCUGCGCAAGAAGGGCAUACUGGAUGCGGAGGUGUAUGUUGCCAUGCGCUACUGGCACCCCUACACGGAGGAGGCCCUGAAGCAGGUUGUUGAGGACGGCGUCGGGAAGCUGGUCAUCCUGCCGCUGUACCCCCAAUUCUCGAUCUCGACGUCUGGCAGCAGCCUGCGCCUGAUUGAGGCGCUGUUCAAGGGCGACCCGGCCUUUGAGAGCCUGCAGCACACAGUCAUCCCCUCUUGGUACCAGCGUCCCGGGUACGUACGGGCCAUGGCUGACCUCAUCCAGGAGGAGCUGGACCAGUUCCCAGACCCCGAGGAGGCGCGCAUAUUCUUCAGCGCCCACGGCGUGCCCAAGUCGUACGUGAUUGAGGCGGGGGACCCCUACAAAGAGGAGAUGGAGGAGUGUGUGGCGCUGAUCAUGGGGGAGCUGGCGCGGAGGGGGCGGGGCAACCCGCACACGCUGGCGUACCAGAGCAGGGUGGGCCCGGUAGAGUGGCUCAAGCCCUACACUGACGACAGCAUACGCGAGCUGGGCAAGGGCGGCUGCAAGUCGCUGCUGGCGGUGCCCAUCUCAUUCGUCAGCGAGCACAUCGAGACGCUGGAGGAGAUCGACAUGGAGUACAGGGAGCUGGCGGAGGAGAGCGGCGUGCGCCACUGGCGGCGCGUCCCCGCGCUCAACACGGACGCGACCUUCAUCGAUGACCUGGCGGACGCGGUGAUUGAGGCGCUGCCCUAUGUGUCGAACUUUGGCGGCCGCAGCAGCGCCACCAUAGGCAGCGGCGGCGCGGGCGCCACGACGGACGCGAGCGUGCCCAUCGGAGACCUGGAGGCGCUGCUGGGCGCAUACGACCGUGAGCGCCGCGCGCUGCCCGCCCCCGUCGGCCCCUGGGAGUGGGGCUUCACCAAGAGCGCCGAGACCUGGAACGGCCGCCUGGCCAUGGUGGCCAUCAUCGUGAUACUGCUGCUGGAGGUCACCACCGGCCAGUCCGUGCUGUACUCGGCGAUCUACCACAUGACGGCCCUGGACUAG